GAGAGCCAAGCCAUGGCUGCCUGUGGAAGCCUUCACCACAUCUUUGAAAACCCAUUACCAGAAAACACAACCCUGAUUGAUUCCCUCUCCUCAUGGAACCAAAUCAAGCCAGCUAUUAAACCUAGUAAGCAAUCUUCUUUCACUGAAAUCUUUGGUGAACUUCAUUUCAAGGAAAAUUCUCAAUCAUCCUCGGCCUCUUCCUUUCCUAUUUCACCCUUUUCUCAUACAUCUAUAAUAGGUUUGAAUCCUCAAAACAGUACAUUCAAGCUCUCCAGGAAUGAUACUUUCCAUGAAAAUGAUGAAAACAAUAGAAGCACAUCGCCACCAGAGUUGUUCUCGAGCACCCCAAAGAUCAUCAUGUACACCGGUAAUUGGCACGAGAAGAGUGAAAGCUUUUCAUUGAACUCUGAGAGGCUGCAGCUAUGCACUGAAGGGCUUGGUUUUGAGAGCUUUGAUGAUGUGGAGGACAUGAAAAAUGAGAUGAAAGAAGACUGGGAAAGCAAAGAGAAGAAAGCAAGUAGUAUUAAUACAACAAAGCAUACAACAACAAAGAAUUUUCAUGGUGAAUUAAGGACCAGGUCAAAAGCAAGUAUUGUAGGAGCAUUUCCACCACCAAUUUCUUGUAUUGGGAAGAGUGGGAAGCCUUGGGUUUGCUUUAAGUCUUACAGACAAGAUGGCAGGUUUGUGCUGAAAGAGGUAAGAAUCCCUACACAAGAAUUCUUGCAUGCAUGUAGGGAAGAUGGGCGGUUGAAGCUGCAAUUUGUGCAGCCAAAUGAUGAAAUUUUGGAAGAGGAAGAAUUUGGGAAGGAAGAAGAUGAAGUAGAAGAUCUAGAAUCAGAAGGAUUAAUCAAUGAUGACAUUGAUGAAGGUAAAGAGAAAAGGCAACCCUGAAAACAAUCUGAAAUUAAUGAAAAGUUCCUCGCCAAAUUGCAAUAUAUAUGAAAAGAAGCAAAGGUUUAAGUAGAUU